AAAUGUAUGAGACAAAGAUGGGUCCAAUGUACCAUCCAUUGGAGAAUACCCACAAAGAGGUGGCAAAGUCCAUCAGGACUAUGAAGUAGCGGUCCUGAUGUUAGGAUCAGAAUUGUAUAUAAACCCAGGAAGAAAUAAACGUUCAGUUCAGUUCACCCCAAACCAACCAGCUAUUACUUCCACUCGGAUGCCACAUUUUGGCGACGAGAAUAAAAGUCUAAAAAGUGUAAAAUUUGAAGAAAAAGUUCGUGAGUGAAUCUCGUGCGUGAUGGCAAAUUCCGCGACAGAGACUGCGUCAGCUGCAUCGGGCUUCAACAAACCUCUGGUGGGGCAAAUCGAAGAAUUUUCCGCAGAUGGUGAUUUCAACGUGUAUUGUGAGAGGAUUGAGAACUUGUUCUAUAUGAACUCAGUCUCAGAAGAUCGCAUGAAAUGCGCGAUUUUCCUAAGCUUUGUGGGAGCGGAGACCUACAAGACUCUCAAGGCUGCAAUAUAUCCAGAGGCUGUGAGAUCCAAGACAUACACGGAGAUCAUUGAGGUGCUAAAGGGAAAAUUUGCGCCAAAAAGAAGCAUCAUUGGCGAGCGGUUUGUUUUCUACAAGCGUGACCAACUGGAGGGAGAAACGAUCUCAGAGUUCGUGAUGGCUCUGCAGACCCUGGCAGAGACUUGUGAUUUUGGGGAGUUCCUUCUCUGGGCGCUUCGUGAUAGGCUUGUGAUGGGCUUAUCAAAUGAACGCAUCAAGGAAAAGCUCAUUUCUCUGGAUAAAGGGUUCGAUGAAUCUCUAAAAAGUGCUUUAGCCGCAGAGCUUACCAGCUCUAGUGUUGGGCUCAUGAAAACCACAAAGGUGAACUUUGUUGGUAGAAAAAGGCACAGGGAUCGAUCAGCUGGGCGUUCUUCUGGGAGAGAUUCCGGCGGGAGAAAGAGGCGUCGAUCAGCUGGUCAAAGUCAAAGGCAGGAGUCCAGUUCCAGAAGUGGGUCAAUGUCACGAGAGAAAAAGAGGGAAGUACAAUGCUAUCAUUGCCAAAAAUGGGGAAACCAUUAUGCAUAUAAUUGCCCUCAAAAGAAGUCCCGUUCGAGAGUGAACCACACUGACCGCACUGACCAGUCGAGUGAUAGCGAGCGUGAGGAUAACAUCUCCUCAAUGUUUCUCAAUAGCGUGGUCGUGAAAGUGGACCCGGAGAGAAACCCGCGAAUUGGGAGUGAGCGGAGUAUCAGUGUUCGUGAUGGUGGCAGUGGCAAUGGGAAGAAAAGUGCAAAGAGCCAGGAAGGUGAUCUUCCAGAUGGCCGCACUAAAAAGUGCAGUGCAGUGAAUGGCUGUGAAAGUCAACGUGUGGUGGUGCGCAGCGUCUUCUCCAGCUCAGAAAAGGAGCUACGUGAAGUGGAGAAACUCCUGGAUGAGGAUAUGCCGGAGGAAGCCAUCCUUAAUUGUGAUUUGGAGGAGGAAGAGCGUCUGCUGGGGGAAAUAAAUUCUGCACAAUAAUACGCCAUCCACGGUGACCGGGGUGGAGCCAAAUAAUUUGGCACUAAACUUCCGCCCGAGAACAUUGAUGACAAUGCUUAACAGAGGGGGAGAAGAUGCAGAGCAAAAGAAGCAGUGCAAGCCGAAAAUUAAGAGGCCCGUGAAGGAGUCCUCAAGAGGAUCUGUGAAAGAUUCUAGAGACAGGCGAGAAGUCAAGGAGUCUAAAGGAAAGCAAGAACAUAAUGGAAGUCUGGAGGAAGGUCAAGAAGUUCUAUACUUCCAUACUCUUGGACAGCAAUGGGCGCGAGCGAAGGUGAAGAAACGGCUCAGCAAGACAGUCUAUCAGAUAGACAUCCGUGGAACUCUUAAGAAGGUUCAUCGGGACCAAAUAAAACCCUUUAUAAAACGAGUAAGGUUCCUGGAUGGUCUUCCACCGCAGCCCCAAGCUCACCAUGAGACACCUGUGUCAGACAAUCAGGAUGACUUUCACACACCGCCUUUGACAACAAGAACACCUGUACAACGCAGAAGAAGACGGCGAAUAGCAGAUGAUGUUUCAACUCCCACCUUAAGGCGAUCCAAACGCAUACAGAAGAAAUUAUCAUUUGAUAUAUAGAUUUUAUUAUUUUUGAAGUAGUUGCAUGAUUUUGAAUUGUAAGUCUUAGCUAAAAGGGGGGAAAUGAAAUGUAUGAGACAAAGAUGGGUCCAAUGUACCAUCCAUUGGAGAAUACCCACAAAGAGGUGGCAAAGUCCAUCAGGACUAUGAAGUAGCGGUCCUGAUGUUAGGAUCAGAAUUGUAUAUAAACCCAGGAAGAAAUAAACGUUCAGUUCAGUUCACCCCAAA